AUGGAUCUUCGGUACGAGCCACCUGCCAACAAUGACGCUAGUGUGCUGGCGACCUUCAACGGCCUACUCGACCCGAAGUCGGGGCAGCACAUUGUUGAGCGUCGAGUAGUCGGCGCUGACGGCAAGACCGUCUUCAUCCUUAAUCCCGAUGGGCCCAUCACGGCCAAGGGCGGCCAGGGCCGGGUGUUGGGCCCCUUCAAGCCCGCGUACAGGGGCGGGGACGAUUCCCUGCGCGCGCUAAAGUUUACCGUCAUCAACACCGACGACGACCUGACGCGCGCCAGGCUGGAGCGCCUCGCCAUCCUGGACAGCGCCACCCACAGCAUUCGCCAUGUAGGUGGAGUUCACGGCUUUUCGUCCCAGCCCCUGCUCGUCCACUUUCCGGACGAGGUAGCGCCACUGCCCGCGCUGCUGAGCGUGCUGCCGUGGGCUGGCAACGUGGUGGAGCCAAGCACCGUCGCGUCCACGGAGCGCAUGGCGGCCCUCCUCAGCGACGUCGCGUGCGGCCUCUUGGCGCUCCACGCCCGGGGCUUCGUACACCACGACGUCAAGCCCGCCAACAUCAUGUACAACACGGGGGACAAGCGCUUCAAGCUGAUCGACCUCGGGGCGGUGUACCCCUUGAUGCCAGAGCUGAGGUCGAAGCUGGGCGAGCUAUUGGAAGGGCCCUUCUUCACCUUUCUCACCCAAGAAUUUGCUGACAACGCCGCGCACGGCCUGGUUGGGCUCAGCGCCGCCUUGACUUACAGGCAGGCGGCGCUCGCCGCCACCUUUGACAGCUUCAGCCUUGGGCUGAUGGGCCUUCACCUGCAGUUUGAGGGGACCCGCUCGACUGCGCUCGGCAACGCCCUGAUGAACUUGGCACAGAUCCCGCGGGCAAUUUUGCGCGCCGGUGCCAUUAGUGCCUCCCACAAGAUGAUCUGCGCCGCCCUCUUAAGCCUGGGCGAUGGGCACAGCUGGCUGGAGAACUGCGCUGGCACGCUCGGCUGGCACUUAAACCACAUCGAUACGGCACCGGGCGUUGAGGGGCUGCACAUCUGGUGGCGCGGGGAGGCACGCGUGAGCGACACCCCCCAGGCGCUGGUACGCUUCAUCAUGACGAUGUGCGCAGUGAUGGCCUGCUCCUAUGAGGCCGAGGAGCGCGCAACGCUCGAAGGUGUCCAGAUGGCGAUGACGCACGAGGCUGGCAGCUUCGUCGGGCUCACCAAUGCCGCCAACAUGCUGGGCACCGGCGCGGCGCCUCAGGGACCAGGCGCGCUGGCCCUUGUGCCAGCCUUCGAGGAGCUGCAGGCCGUGGCUCGCGUGCUGGAGAAGGAACAAGACUGGGAGCGGGCGGUGACGGAGGAAUUCGUCACGGUCGCGGUGGUGCCGCUGCUGGAGCGCCUGGUGCAGUUGGGGGAGCUGCGCGCCGACGCGCUGGACGGCCAGGCGCCCACAAUCGGCCUUGGGGCCUGGUUGGCUGAUGUGCCGCUGGCCGGCCGCAGCGAGCAGGGUCUGGCGGAGCGCGCCCACGCCGCGAGGCAGCGCGGUAUCCUGCGCCAAAACGAGCCGGGCCCGCGCUACCUGGGCCACCAAUCGCUAGCGGGGCCCCUGCGCGAGGCGCACCUGACGGCCGUCUGCGCAACCUCCGAGGUGGCCAUGUCCGCGCUCGCGGCCCUCGCCGGGCGCAACGGCGGCCGGGGCGGCGUCGACCACGCGCUCCUGCAGCGCGCCGAAACAGCGCUGGCCGCCGCGGCGGAGCAGCUCGACUCGGCAGGGGCGCAGGCCGCGUCUGGGACGCGCGUCAGCAGCGAGGCGAAGCUCGCAGCGGCGCUGCGGGGGCGGUGGGAGGAGGUCAAGCUGUCCAUGGAGGGCGACGGCCAGCCGGUGCCGCAAGUGCCGCGUGUGUGGAGCCCGCCCGCCGCUGAGGGCUCAGGCCCAGUGUACACCGUGAUGGGCAACGCCCACGCCCACGCCUUCGUGGUCAGUGGCCCCGGCGGCAUGCAGGACGACGACAACAGCGGCGGCAAUGCUGCAGACUGGUCCCCGAGCUCAUGGCGCGGCGCCAACCCCAUGACUCGCGCUGGCGGGGGCUCCGACGUCCCCGGGCGCAACAGAGUGCCGCUGCAGGGCGGCAGCCGCGAGCCGCUGUUUGGUCUGGGUGAGGCCGACCACGGCGAAGACGAGGCCAUGGUGGAUGCCGAUGAGGUAGGCCAGUCAAGAUGGAUUUGA